CUAGUUGUCAUAUAUGUUGUCUACGCUACGAUAUUCCCUGGGUGGUCCCUGGCUAAAUAAAAGUAAACGAUCAUUUUAUUAUUGAAGCGUAAGGUCGUAGGUACUUUACUAAAGUGUUAUGGAAGGUUUAUAUUUUUCUCAAUUUUUCGUGAUAGUUAUAAUAUGCGUAAGUUACUUUUCCUCCUGUGUCGUGGGCAGCGACUUUUUGCCGCCAAAACUUCCUACAAUCGGAAUUUCGGUGCUCGUACGGAAUAAAGCUCCAGCGCUACCGUAUUUUCUUUCCUCCCUGCUGGAGCAGAACUAUCCCAAAAGUCGUUUAUAUAUUAGGUUCUAUUGUGACCAUUCUUCAGAUAAUAGUUUGGAGAUAUUACAACACUUUGUGGAGGAAUUUGGAUUCCUGUAUCAUGCUACAUACAUUGUGGCAGACGAGACAAGCCCAGCGCUCUAUGAAGACGAGAGCACUCCAGUGCUGUGGAGUCCCAAGAGAUUUGAGCAUGUUAUUGAACUGAGAGAGGAAGCACUGGAGUUUGCAAGGCGACAAUGGGCAGAUUACAUUUUCAUGUUAGAUGCUGACGUGUUUCUGACGGAGCGAGAGACAUUACAGCUAUUGGUGGAGCAGAGGCUGCCCAUAGCAGCCCCCAUGCUUCAAUCGGAGGGCGCCUACUCCAACUUCUGGUGCGCUGUUACUGAGGAGUUCUACUACGAGCGCUGCGACGACUACCACUCGAUACUGGACAGAGAGAAAGACUUCCUGGACUGCCACACGGUGCCCAUGGUGCACUCCGCGGUGCUCGUGUCUCUGGCCAGCGAGCUGUCGGACCAGCUGUCGUACACGCGCGGCGCGGGCUACUCCGGCCCUGUGGACGACACCGUGCUGUUCGCCCGCAAGGCCGCUUCUCUCGGUAUUCCAAUGCACGUGUGCAACACGCACGCGUUCGGGUACGUGCCCAAGCCGCCGGCGAGCUCCAGCGGGCUCUCCGCCGAGCUACUGGAGAGGGACAGUCUCCUCAACGUGAAGCUGCAGGCCAUAGCGCGCGGCGCCCCGCUGCCGCUCGUACCAACGCUGCGACGCCACGUCCUCUACCCCCCGAAGGACACCCUCGGCUGCAGCAAGAUCUUCAUGAUCAACCUGGAGCGAAGGACCGAGAGAAGACAGCUCAUGGAGCUCAGCUUCCUCGAAUUGGGUUUGGACGUGGAGUUGGUGAAAGCUGUCGAUGCAAGAAACCUGAGUGACGAGAUCCUUCGUAAGCUCGAUGUGAGGCUGAUGCCAGAGUACGAGGAUCCUUACCACAAGAGACCUAUCAAGGCGGGAGAGAUCGGUUGUUUCUUGAGUCACUACAACAUUUGGAAAGAGAUAGUGCGGAGCGGUCACGAGCUGUCGAUGAUACUGGAGGACGACGUGCGCUUCGUGCCAUACUUCAGGCUGCGCUUGCGCGGCGUGCUGCGGGAGCUGAGCGGCCAUGGCUACGACCUGCUAUACCUCGGCAGGAAGAUUCUCGCAGACAGCGGCGAGCGGCCGGUCACCGCGCACACCACCCGCCCGCUGUACUCGUACUGGACGCUGGGCUACCUGCUGACGCUGCGCGGCGCGCGCAAGCUGCUCGGCGGCAACCCGCUGCAGAACAUGUUGCCCGUCGACGAGUACCUGCCCAUCAUGUUCGACCAGCACCCCAAUGACACUUGGAAGUCGCAUUUCCCUCGGCGCGACCUGAGAGCGCUGUCGGCUUCGCCUCUGCUACUGCACCCUACUCACUACACGGGCAUGCCGGGCUACCUGUCCGACACAGAGGACUCGCCCGUAGUGAGCGCAGACCCGCUGCACCGCUCCGACCUCUGACCUACCAGUGGCGAAGGUUGGAAUUUUGUCAAACGCAACCCAAAGAUAACUUCAUACCGCGUUCUAAUAUGGUUCAUAUUCAUUGCAAUAAUGAACAUGUGUGGAUUUUUAAACGGUAACCCGGCGGGAAUCGGUUUGCAUGAACUCUUCGCUGUGACCUACCUAAAGUGUAUACUGCCACACAAGGGUGCGAUCCCUUGUUCCAUUUGUGUUCAAAAUCUUAAAGUAAAACAAUAUGUUAUGUCUUUUAUAACACAUUUGCUCGUAAAGUAUCGCUUAUUUCAUCAAUUUCAAUGUCGUAAUGUAUCUCAUUACGCACAUGUGCAGUAAUGUACAGUAAAAUGCACAUGUGCCGUAAUGUAAUAUAAAACCUUUAUCAUCCGUCUAAAAACGAACGGUACUUUUUAAAUCUUGGCAAAGAGUUUUUAUGUCACAAAGUGCUCAACAUUUAAUGAAUAAAAUUAACUUAGGCAGAUAAAAUAUCAUAAAAUUUAAUUCUUUCAUUUUAAUAAAUUUGACAAUACAUGUCAACCAUUUAUCUGUAUCAGAAACACAAAAAUAUUAAUUUACUUUAUGAGUAAUACUGGCUGUUUUUGGUGCAUUUUCCUAAUAAAAAACUUAUAACGCUAACUCUGUAAAAAUUACAAACGUUUCAAAAUGUCAUCAUAUGGAAAACAGGCAAAGAACAAAGAUGCAAAUUCAUUUUCAGAAAGUAUGUUCAAAGUGUUUUUCCUCGCAAAUGUGUAAUAAAACGUCGUAUGAAAUACGUGCGCUUUGAUAAUUACAGCCUCUGCUUCCUUACUAUAGCUCUCGCCUUCGGCUUGAGCUAGCAAUAUCGCCUCGGCUGUAAUUUUCAACUAACCGCACUUAUAUCAUAAUGUACUAUUAAUUUCAUGCUUUCGGUUUUCCGAACGUGAAAAACGGAUUCGGAAAACGAGUGUAUACGGCCGACUUAAGGGUUGGUGAUUUUGUUUAGUUUUUAUAACUUGUCAAAGAUUUAUUUAUUAAAAAUUUUGUAAAAAAUAUUGACACUAAAAUUGUAAUUUUUGUGUCAAUGUUUUUUAAGCUUAGUUAUUUGUUUUAGAUAAUAAAAGAUAAUAUUUUGAAUACUAAACAUUAAUUAAGACAUAAUUAAUCAACUUACCAAAUACUUAUUUUCUAUUUUUUUUUAUUGCAUUAUGUAUGUGAUUUGAUUUUUUUUGUUAUUACGUUUAAUUCUAUGUAGAAUAUUGUAAAAAAAUUCUACUGUCAUAAAACUGUAACGAACGUUUUGAUUUACUACUUGUCGAUAUUACACCAAUACUAGCUUCUCUUUGCAAGUUAUCCCUUGACUACAAUCUCACCUGAUGGUAAGUGAUGAUGCAAUCUAAGAUGGAAGCGGGCUAACUUGUUAGACGGAGGAUGAAAAUCCACACCCCUUUCGGUUUCUACACGACAUCGUACCAGAACGCUAAAUCGCUAAUAGUUCAAGGUCAUUUAUAAAGUGACAGUUGAAAGGUCCCACAAAGUUUCGAUUUUCGACACACGACACGGCCGAUGGCCGAAAAUAGUUAGGUACUGAGAGCGUCAUAUAGUAAAGAAAAAGACAUUCUCGACCGAUUUUAAAAUAGAAAUAUUGCAAGAGGAUGAUGUUAACUAUGAAUACAUUAAAAUUUAGAGUGAGCGAUUUAAGAACGAAUAUGAAAUGAAUGACAACAUGGCCGACAGGCUUUUUGGCUCGUAUUGUCAAAAACAUAUUUAAAAACAACAAUUGCCAUAUAAAAUCACAUCUCAAAAAAUAUGAAAAAACAAUAUUCAAUUUAGUAGAACGAUAAUGAACUAUUUAUGACCAUUAAAAAAAAGUGUCAACUAGCCUAUUAGAUGAUCGACAAAAGAGUACAGGCAGCUGUGUGUUAGCAGAAAGGAACCUUGGUCAGAUCGGUUGGCUACUGAAGGCUAACCAAAGAAUUAUGAGGGCAACGGAUGAUGAUAUCAAAAUCGAUUCAGUGGUUUAACCGUGAAAGUCAAGACAGACCUACGUUCGAAUUUGUUUGUUAGAAUUGAUUUUAUAUCGAUAAGUAGUAUUUUUAUAUUUUUGAAACUUGUUGGUACUCUUAUAAAUAAACAAAGUGUUACUGGUUACAGUUUUAUAAUAUAGAUGUUAUUUAAAAUAAUCUAAUUUCGCCAUAAUUUUUAUGUGCCAUAAUAAAUUUGUACCUAAUAAAUUAUAAUUUAUA